AUGUCUGAACAUGCCAAAUCAUCUUCUCCUAAUGUCGAAUCCUCGUCGCAAACAAUCUCAGAUUCCCUCCACCUAUUGGUCAGGGGAAUUCAAUUCGAUCAACAAGCCGUCAGAGACUGUCUCAACAUUGUCGACCGUUUCAAAUGGGACAAUAUUGAAAAGGGUGAUGCAGCGCUCAAAGUUCAGAGAAUCUUACAAGAAUCCAUUUCAGCUUUGCCGACUCUCUCCCAAGUCCAAUUCAAGGCUGGGUUCAGUCAUUUCCUCGACCUCCUCAAUAGAGUCAAGGAACCUCUUGAAGUAUGA